AUGCCCAAUGCCCCUGAGAAUGCCAUAGUGAAAAUGGCCCACCUCUGCACAGAGAUGGCGGAGGCUGAGCACCAGCUCAAGGAGGAGCAAAAAAGGGCAGAGGAGGAAGCACAGUGGGCAGUAGAGGCCCACAAAGCAGAGGAGGAGAGGCAAAGGCUCGAGAAGGAGAAAGCGGAGAAAGCAGAGGAGGUGCAGGCGGCGGAGUCAGGGGAGACACAGUCCAGGCAUCCCUGCUCCGUCUGCGUGUCCCAGGGCUUGGAGGCAGCCAACCACCAGUGUGAGGAGGACGGGAACACGGUUGUGGGUCCCAGCAAGGAGAAGAGGAGGGUUCCAGUGGAGUUGGAGGCGUUGGAGGUUGCAGAGCGCGCGAUGAAGAGGAGGAGGGCGGCGGCACCCGCAACAGAGAAGUUGGAGGAGGGAUGGAAGGCCCAGAUUGUGGGCCUGCCGUGGGUGUUGUUGGAGGAGCAGAGGGCCACCAGGCAGCUCCUAGCUGACCUGGGGGAGGAGACCCUCAACCCCCUGGUGGAUCUGGUGUGGUCAGACUCCAAUGAGGAGUUGAAGGUGGGAGAGGAGGAGCUUGUGGAGGCGGCUGGGCAGGAGUGCUUGGACAAAAUCAGGCACUUCAAUGUGCAUGAGUGGAAAGAGCAGGAGGAUAAAGAGGAAGAGGAAGAAGUGGAGGGGCGAGUAUCCAGAGUUGAAGGGGCAGGGUGA